AUGGCUCCUAUUACCCAGAGAAGAUCCAAGGAUACAACUUUGGACAUACCAAACAAGCUAAGAAAGUUGGUUGUGGAGAAAGUCAGAAGAGAGCGGAUUAAUAACAGCAUCGAGCAGCUCAAAGCUCUGUUGAAUCUAGACGAAUACGAGCCCACGGGUGGGGCCCAGUCCAAACUGGAGAAGGCAGACGUCCUUGAGAUGGCUGUUUGCUUCCUGCGUCAGAGAGCCAUUGCGUCUGUGGUGCCCAGUUAUUCACAGGGUUUCUCUCAGUGCCUCCAGGAAACACUCCGGCAUUUGUACCUACACGCGCCCCUGCAGCACGAGGAGAGAGAAGAAAUCAAGCGCUUCUAUGUGGUCCAGAGAGCUGCGCUCCACAGGCACAUUGCAGAUGAGCACAGCACCAGUAAACAGUCCCUUUGGAGACCGUGGUAA